GUUCGGGCAAUGGACGGCCGGAGAAUCGCGGUGGGCCGUGUCCCGGCUCUGGGGCCGCUCCUGGGCUGAGGGUCUGGGCUGGGAGCGGCUUGGAGCGUUUAACGCCUGAACUGUAGAAGUCCUGUACUGCUGGGGAAUAGCUGGAAAUAAAAUGGGAAAGGAUGGAUGUGUGCUGUCCCAGGAGAUGAAGAACACAGCAGUACAUGGUAACUCUGGCAGCUUCUGGCCAUCCCAAUAAUGAAAACGGAAGCUAAGGAUGGAGAAGAGGAAAGCCUGCAGACAGCAUUCAAAAAGCUAAGAGUUGACACAGCUGGAUGUACUGCUUCUCUCUCUGUGGGCGAAAGGACAAGUCCGAGAACACUAGUCAGAACAGCAGCAGAUGAAACCAAAUCUAAGAAUGUGUGUACUUCUAAGGAAACCUGGCAUGGAUCUAUGAAGAAGCCUUCAAGAGGAGUUGUGAGAACCCAGCGUCGCAGGCGUUCCAAGUCUCCAAUUCUUCAUCCUCCAAAGUUUAUCCACUGCAACACAAAACCACAUUCCACGUGCAGCCAGCUAGUGCACAAGAGCCAGAUCGAUGCCCCAGAUGACAGCAGUGGGUUUGGGACGCCAGUCCCAAAGGAAACCUGUGCACAUGAACGAUGUGGUAUUGCUCCUGAUGGUGGCCAGAAGGGAGCUGAUGUUGAGUCUUUGGGAGCUUCUGUUACACAGUCGGCCUUGGAGAACAAACAGAACUCUCCAGCUGCUCUUUCUCUAGUAUGCAAAGCAAGCCUAGAGACUACGGAGCUUUCUGACUUUCAGUCCAUGUGCAAGCUAAACACGAACAAGUCAUGUGCAUGUGCAGAUAAAGCCUGUCAGUGUAAACGAUGGCAAGAUAUGGAAGUGUACAAAUUCUCUGGCUUGCAGAGCACCCUCCAGUUGGCACCUGACAGAACAGUUUCUGAGGAUCACUCCCAGUCUUUGCCAUCAAGAACUCCCUCAAGUUCUCCACGCUCCUGCUCUGAGCAAGCCAGGGCCUUUGUGGAUGAUGUGACUAUUGAAGAUCUUUCGGGAUACAUGGAAUAUUACUUGUAUAUUCCGAAGAAAAUGUCUCACAUGGCAGAAAUGAUGUACACCUGACAGCAAUGAGCACUAAAACCAGAAGGGUGGAUGGUUUAAAUCUGCCCUCAGUCGCAUUCAUGUGAGAUACAACCCACUCCCUGCUCACUGUGCUUGCAAUAAAAACACUUCUUUGCAUCUUA